AUGGACACGGCUAGCUGUGUUUCAUGUCCGGAUAUCACCCAUCAGCCAGUUCUUCACGUUGAAGCGCGUGUAAAGAGCAAUGGAGAUGGCAUCAUCAUCCGCACUGAUCUGGUUAGGGAAGAAGUUACAAAGUGGCUUGUCGACAAUUUUGCUGUUCUCUCGCUCGGGCAGAAGAUCUCCUCAUUUGAGCACCUCCACGAGCCACACGCACAGUAUAUCGACUCUAUUCUCGUCACCGAAUGCACUGGGGGAGAGGUGGAAUCCGGGGCGUAUAGGCUUCAGCAUGUCGAAUUAGAUGUUCAGGCAUAUCAGCUUCAUACUCCAUUCGAGCAAGAAAGUUCCCAGAAUACACUUCAUUCGGAGGAGGCACCAGAUAGUAGCGAAGAUACACCAAGAGCACAAGUGAUGACAUUGCCGAGUAAGGAGCUAGACGGGCUUUGGGAGUCGCUGCAGUUUGAUGAGCCACUCCAGUCUACACUUCUCCGCGCAAUAACCCGAAUGGUGUCAUUCUCAUCUCGAAAGCUCAACAAAUGGACUAUUAACUGGAAUCGACUGGUCCUUUUAUGGGGUCCACCAGGAACAGGAAAGACAAGCUUCUGGCAUGUUAAACUUGCAAUACGCCUCGGAAAGCAGUACCCCCGAAGCAAAUUGGUUGAAAUAAACGUCCACUCCCUCGGAAGUAGAUUUUUUAGCGAAAGUGGCAAGCUGGUAAGUAAAGCCAUCGAAAGCGUCGAGAUCUUACUCGAGGAGGAAGAGGACACGUUCGUAUACGUCUUCGUGGACGAGGUAGAGACGUUGGCUGCCCGGAGAGAGCGAGCGCUGGCGGGCAGUGAGCCCUUUGAUGCUGUUCGCGCCGUAAAUGCACUUCUUACGGGAUUGGAUAGACUAAAACAUCAUUGCAACGUAAUUGUCGUCUGCACAAGCAACCUCAUCACUGCCUUGGACCAGGCUUUUCUUGACCGUGUGGACAUCAAACAAUUCAUACCGCAUUUAUCCAAUCGGACUAUCUAUGGGGUCUACAAAGAAUGUCUUGAGGAGUUGAGUCGCUGUGGGAUCAUUGGGGGUGCUUCGUUUGAUGUGGUCCAGGUGAACCCGGACGAUCCCUUUACGGCGUUGCAAUAUGUGGAAAGCCCUACGGAAAAUCUCACCAUCCCAUCAUUUGAUGAAAUGCUUCUCAAUUACCAGAUGUUCGCAGACGCGGUUCCUAAACAGCUGGCAGAUGCAGCCUGCGAGAGUGUGGGCCUCAGUGGUCGUACCAUACGACGUCUUCCUGCAAUGUCGCUGGUGAUGUAUGGUCCGAGCAGAGUUCGGUACGAUGUUCGAACCGCGAUUCAGGCGCUGCGGACGGGCAUAGGAUCGGAAAGGAAGGCUAAGGUGGAAGCACAGUAA